AUGAGACCGUUGAGCAUCGGUCGAAACGCGUCGUGGUAUGCUCAAGCAAAAUGCUUCCGUCAAUUAAGACAAAUUACAUUUGAUCAAAACAAAUAUAUAUGUGGCGUUGAAUUAAUUUUAAAUUUAGCACCAAAUAAUCUUAGUUUAGCAUUUAUUGCAUUUGGUCGUGAUUAUAAAGUAUGUGGUUAUAAUACACAAGUAAGAAAUAAUGGACUUACAUUUAAUCAUCCACCAGAAAAAAAUGCUCCAUUAAUUGAAGGACUAUGUCAAGCUGUUCGAGAAAUAUGCAAAGAUAGUAAUCAACAGUAUUCAAGGCUUGAAGAUUAUAUUCAUUUUAUGUCAAAUCAAGUACCAUUUGGUGCAUUCGUUCGAUCAAGGUGA